GUUGGUUGGUAUGUUUGCAUGUGUGUGUAUGUACACACACAGUUGUGUAUGUGUGUACAUACAUACACACACGCUAAUGACGGAUCCUCUACCUCUGUUUCUCAACCAUUUUUCUACCUAUGGAUCCCUUUGGUUCCUAUUUUCAUGGAUGGCCCCUCCUAUCACUAGACGACUUUGAGUUCCUGAAGGUAUUAGGCAAAGGAACAUUUGGUAAAGUUAUCUUGUGCCGAGAGAAAACUACCAGCGACCUUUAUGCUAUAAAAAUUUUGAAAAAGGCUGUAAUUGUUGCCAAGGAUGAAAUUGCUCAUACUUUGACAGAAAACCGAGUUUUACAAAAUACCAGGCAUCCAUUUUUAACACAAUUAAAAUAUUCAUUCCAAACAGCAGAUCGACUAUGUUUUGUUAUGGAAUAUGUGAAUGGUGGAGAACUGUUUUUCCAUUUAUCGAGGGAGCGAGUAUUCACUGAAGACAGAACACGUUUCUAUGGUGCAGAGAUAAUUUCCGCAUUAGGUUACCUGCAUGAAAACAAUAUAGUAUACAGAGAUUUGAAGUUGGAAAAUCUAUUGUUAGACAAAGAUGGACAUAUAAAAAUAGCUGACUUUGGAUUAUGUAAAGAAGAAAUGUGUUUUGGUGCAAGCACCAAGACUUUCUGUGGUACCCCAGAAUAUUUGGCUCCAGAGGUACUUGAAGACAAUGACUAUGGGAGAGCUGUGGAUUGGUGGGGGACGGGAGUUGUUAUGUAUGAAAUGAUGUGUGGUCGGUUACCUUUUUAUAAUCGUGACCAUGACAAGCUGUUUGAACUAAUCAUUCUACAGCCCAUACGAUUUCCUCGAACCCUUUCAGAAGAAGCUAAAUCCUUAUUAGAUGGCCUUCUCAUCAAAGACCCAUCAAAAAGGCUUGGUGGAAGUGAAGACGAUGUCAAAGAAAUAAUGGCUCACCAAUUCUUUGCCCCUGUUCAUUGGCAUGACCUGCUUGAGAAAAAGAUUACACCACCAUGGCGACCAGAUGUGAAAUCUGCUGAUGAUACAAAAUACAUCCCUGAGGAAUUUGCCCGUGAGCCUGUUGCUCUCACUCCACCGCAGACAAUAACUCCACCCCUUGAGGCUAUUGAAGAAGAUGAGUUCGAGUUACCCUAUUUUUCACAGUUCUCCUAUCAUGGCAGUAGAAGUAGCUUGGGAAGCUAUCUUAGCGCGUCUGCAGCAACUGCAGAAUUAUUUUAACAAAAAAAAAAAACAACCAAAAAAACCAGGCAACAAGAAGCAAAAUGUUAUAAUAAUAAUAAUAAUAUUAAUAAUAAUAAUGAUAAUAAUAAAAUAUUAAUAAUAAUAAUAAUUUAACAAAAAAUUAUUUGGAAGAAAAAUACCCCCUCCCCUAAAAAAAAUUUAAAAUGA